CUGACCUAACCUCGCUUUAUGUUUUGUGUUGAUGGUGUUGAGGUGUUCAUGUAAACGUAAAUAUUUAAACGUUUUCUUGUACCAUUCGCUAUUAUUACGAUAAUUACUGCGUCUACCAGUUGUCUAUAGGUGAAAAAUAUAAUACACUAAUAAUAUGGCUGCGAUAGAGGAAGAGAAUUUUCCGAGAGGAGGGAAAGUAUUUCGGAAAAGAGCUGCACGUGAUGUUACAAACCUAUUUAACACAGGCAAAUCUCCAAAACAGAAAAAAAUAAAAAAGAAUGAACCAAAGCAAGCAGAUGAUGGAUUAGUUCAGCCUUCAUUAAACAUUAGAGGCUCAUUGACUUAUAAUAAAAUUCAAAGUGGAAUGGUUAUAAUAGGAUGCAUAAGAAACAUAAAGAAUUUCUCUUUAGAAGUGGAAUUACCUGGUUUGUGCUUUGCUACUAUAAAUAUUACUGAAAUAUCCGAUCCAUUUACCAAACACUUAAAUAAAUUAUUAGAAGACGAUGAUCCUGAAACUGGUAUAAUCCUUAACAAGAUGUUUUCCAUCGGUGAAUACUUACCUGUAAAAAUAAUACAUAUUGAACCAAGUGAAAAAGGUGGUGCACAUCUCAAAGGAACAAUUAAUCCCCGUGAGAUAUAUUUUGAAUACAAUCACACCUCAUUUAAAAAGGAAAUGCUGGUAUGGUGUUCUAUUAGUUCACAAGCAGACCAUGGUUAUGAAAUCAGUAUGGGAGUAAAAAAUACUAGAGCCUUUUUACCUUCAAAAAAUAUUGAUGACAACUCUAAAUAUUUAAUAGGGAAACCACUAUGGUGUGUUGUGCAUAAAUGUGAGUUCACUCCUUCGUCAUCCAUUUUAAGAUUGAGUUCCAAAGAUGAACAUAUGGAAAAUAGAACUACUGAAGUUGAUAAUUUACAUGACCUAAUUCCUGGAUCAAAAGUAGAACUAUUCGUUGAAAAGGUUACCUCUCAUGGUAUUCAAGGAAAAUUUUGUGAUCAAUUUAAUGGAUAUAUUAAUAAUAGUUACAUCAACAAUCUUAAGAAAAGUAUAACUGAUUAUCGUGAGGGACAACUAUUACAAUGUUAUAUUUUAUACAUUGAACCCGUUACUAAUAUAGCUCAUUUAUCAUUAUGUAAUUUCAAGACUGCAGAACAGCCAAAAGAUCUUAAUGUUGGCGAUUUAUUAACCGGAGAAGUUAUUAGUCACACGUACAACGGUAUAUUCUUUUUGUUUAAAAAUAAAUAUAAAGGAUUUGCUUCAAAUAGGAGACUUACAAGUUCAUUAACCAGAAACAAUAAUAAAGUAAGUGACGCAGUCAAAAAAAAGUAUCCAGUUGGUAGUGUUCACCAAUGCAGAAUACUAGAUUAUAAUCACGUAUUGAAUGCAUUUAUUUGUACAACAGAACAAAGUAUUGUAAAAGCAGACAUAUUUCAUCCAAAAGAUUUAACUUUAGGACAAUUGCUUAAAGUAACAAUAAUUUCAAUCAAAGAUGAAGGUCUUGUAGUUAAAUUUAGACAUUUAACAGGAUUUGUUACUAAUUUACAUAUAAGUGAUUCAGCAUAUACCGAUAAUAUUAAGAAAAAAUACAAAGAAGAUCAAAAGGUUACUUCCAGAGUCUUAAAUAUUGACGGGGACAAGGUUUUGUUUACUCUUAAACCCUCGCUUAUAAAAUGCGAUAAUUAUCUAACAACGGUUGAAGAUGCCGAAGUGGGAAAAUGUUUUACAGGGGUUGUUGCUAAAAUUCAAGAAACCGGAACCUUAGUUGCAUUUUUUGGCAAUGUAAAAGGAUGGCUUAGUAAUAAAAAUAAAAGAAAAGAUCAAAUUAAUGUCUCUAAUUAUUUUUUUAUGGGUCAAGUGAUUAAAGUGUAUAUUCGAAAUAUUGAAGGAACAAAUAUAUUCUUAAGCUUAGAUAAGCCCCAAGAGAAAGCGUUGAAAAUCGGAAGCAAAAUAUGUGGUACGGUGAAAUCUAUUGUUGAUGAAGGUAUAAACAUUACACUAGAACAUAAACACACCAAGGGCUUUAUUCCUAAUAGUCACCUGAGCUCUUAUCCGAGUUUGUGCGCUGGGAUUAAAGGUACGUUAAAACGUGGAAACAAAAUGGUUAAUUUGAUGUAUCUUGGAGGAAAGAAUCCGCAAUUGUUUUCAAGAAGCGAAUCAAUUCUAUUGAAAAAUAACAAAAUACCAAAAGUAGAUUCAGUUAAUAAAGGGGAUAAUGUAAGAUGCUUAUAUCAUUCAAGAUCUUCAGAAGGCAUAACUGUUAUUCCUUUAUUAGUGGGAUCAGCUAGUACCAUUUUAAUUCAACAUCAGCACAUAACAAAAGAAUUGGAUAUUUAUCUUCUACAACCAUACCAAGUUUUAGUAUGCAAUGUUUUACAAAAAAACGCGGAUGAAAUUAAACUAAGUAUUAAGCUUAAUAAUAUUUCCAACCAAAGUGUUGAGCUGCUCAUGAAUUCAUUUAGUUCGUUUAUAAAUGAUUAUGGUAUAUUGCAAGAGUAUGGUAAAAAUAGUGGAUGGGAUAUAUGCCAGUACAAACCAGGUUAUGAGGUUAUUUGCCAAGUAGAAAAACUUGGCUCUGCAGGUGGAUGUACGAUCUCAUUACCAAAUGGAGCAAAAGGAAUUGCAGUUCCAUCUUUAUGCCCCAAGGGCGUUAAGGAAAACGACACGAUAAAGGGAAUAGUUUUAUCCUACGAUUUUGAUAAACAUUUUGUGGAUAUAUGUCUUAGACCAGAUAUAAUCUCUAAAAUAAAUAAAAUACAAAAUGGGUCUACGAAAUCAACAAUACCCUCUUCAAUAGCAGAAAAACUUUUGGUAAAAGGUGAACAUAUUGUUGCUGUUCUAAAACAUAAAGAAUGCAAUAAACAGUUAAUAUAUUUGCCUCUUAGAAUACCCGAAUUUAAUUUUGCGGGAUGUGAUUCAUUUUAUUUAAAUAAGAGAUUUAAAGUUUGUAUUUGCAGCAAGGUUGAUGGAAAAUUUGUUGGAAUUGCCAAAAAAUUGUUCAUAAAAAUGGAUAAAUCAUUAGAUAAACAACUUCCUGUCAAGAAUAACACCCAAAAAAUAAAACCUAAAAAUAACGAAGUUGUUAAAGCUGUAGAAGAACAUGCUGUAGAAGCUGUAGAAGAACAUGCUGUAGAAGCUGUAGAACAUAAAAUCGAGCUGGAAAAUAUAACAGAGACUGAAACUGUUAAUAAUGUUAUAAAUAACGCUGUUGAAACAGAUUUACCUGAAAAACAUAUACCUGUUGUUUUACCUGGAAUUACGUCGUUUUUUAAUUCGUCUAAACAGGAAAUAUCUUAUGAUGAUUCAUCGUCAGAUGAAGCCAGUAAUGAACCUGUUCAACCAAAAAAGAAGAAAAUAUCUCGUGAUGAAAGAAAUGCAGAACGUUUGAAACAAGAAGAGAUUAUUUCCAAAAUUGAAUUGAGUCUUGCCGACACGUCAAAACCUCCUGAAAGUGCAGAAGAAUUUGACAGAUUGCUUUUGGCUAAUCCUAACUCGUCCGAACUUUGGAUCAAAUACAUUAGCUUUCAUAUUGCUGCAACAGAGGUAGAUAAGGCCAGAUCGAUAGCCAAAAGAGCAUUAGAUUCAAUUAAUAUGACUUAUACAGAAGAGAAAUUUAAUAUUUGGAUUGUGUUAUUAAAUUUAGAAAAUGCAUUUGGUACUAAGGAAUCUUUUGAUAGAGUAUUAGAUGAAGCUUUAAAAUUUAAUGAACCUUUAAACAUAUAUUUGAGGAUAAUUCAGAUGUUUGCUGAAGAAGGUAAAUACACUGAAAUGGAGGAAAAAGUUAAGAAAAUACGAAGCAAAUAUAAACAGGACCAAUUGAUGUGGUUAGAGCUGGGGAAGAUAUAUUAUCAGAUAGGCAAAUAUAAAGAAGCAAGAAAUUGUAAAGACAGUGCACUUAGAUCAUUAGCAGACAAAAAGACACAAAUGAAUAUCAUUGUGCGUUUUGCGAUACUAGAAUUUAAAUAUGGAGAAGUAGACCAAGCUUGUGCAAUAUUUGAAUCAAUUCUAACAACAGAUCCAAGAAAAGUAAAUAUUUGGAUUACAUAUGUAGAUCAGUUAAUUAAAAAAAAUCACAUUGAACAAGCUAGACAAGUGUUGGAAAGAGCGGCAUUGCAGAAGUUACCAUUGAGGAGCAUGAAAUCUCUAUUCAUGAAGUUUAGAAAAUUUGAAGAAGAAUAUGGAACUCCCGAAAGUGUAAAUGUUGUUAAAGAUAGAGUUCAAGAAUAUAUUGUAAGUCUUGAAAAAUAAAAAUUAUAUCUAAGUUA